AUGAUUGCUUUUACAUUUUGCCUGUCGUACCUUAUUAUGACAGUCCACGCGGCUGAGCUGGCUCUUUACUGGGGUCAAGCCUCCGCUGGUUCCCAGAAGUCGUUGGCAGACUACUGUUCUUCGACCCCUGGUGACAUUUAUAUCGUCUCGUUCCUUUCGGCCUUUUCAGGAAGCGGCACUCCUACAUUGAACGUCGCAAGCGCCUGUACCGAUACCUUUAGCGGUAGCUCAUUGCUCCACUGCCCCCAAAUUGGCCAGGACAUCAAGACUUGCCAGUCCCAAGGUAAGAAAGUGCUUCUUUCCCUUGGCGGCGCCUCAGGCGCCUAUGGGUUCUCUAGUGACGCCGAUGGUGAGGCGUUUGCUCAAACUCUCUGGGACACAUUUGGUGGUGGCUCUACUGCCGAGCGUCCUUUCGACGAUGCUGUUGUAGACGGCUUCGACUUUGACAUUGAGAACAAUAACCAAGUUGGCUACGUUGCGUUGGCCAACAAACUUCGCCAGCUCUUUAGCAGCGCACCAUCCAAACAGUUUUACAUCUCAGCUGCUCCACAGUGCCCAUAUCCUGAUGCAUCAGUUGGUGACCUGCUUUCCCAAGCCCAGGUGGACUAUGCGUUCAUUCAGUUCUACAACAAUUACUGCUCGACGACUGGCUCGCAAUUCAAUUGGGAUACUUGGCAAAACUUUGCUACUAACACUUCUCCUAACAAGAGCAUUAAGCUGUUCUUGGGUCUACCUGGUUCUUCUACAGCUGCCGGCUCUGGUUAUGCCACCCCAGAUCAGGUCAAACAAACCUUAUCUCAGAUCUCUGGCAGUACAAACUAUGGCGGCAUAUCAGUCUGGGAUGCAUCACAGGCGGAUUCAAAUAUCAUCAACGGCAAGUCUUUUGCUACAUUGCUCGGUGAAAUGCUCAAUGGAGGCGGUGAUACUAGUCCCGCACCAUCAGCGGCGGUAUCAUCCACACCAGCAGGAGAAGCAUCAUCAGCAGCGGCAGCAGCUCAAUCCUCAGGUGGUGCAGGCACAACCUUACAAGUAACAGUUCAGGGCGAUGCUGUGGUUAACGCAGAUACUACCGUGGUACCACCUGCAGCUUCCAGUGGCCCGACGACGACUGUCCAGUAUACAGUGACAGUCAUGGCAACUCAGAACAAUGUUCAGACACGUGUCACCUCAGUUGCUAAUGCCGUUGCUACCAACGCUGCCGCCACUGCAGCAAAUGCUGCUAACUAUCAGUACACGCCUGGUCAAGUUAAAGGAUCAUGGUCCAACACCACCGCAGCAAAUUCUAACAACAACGUUGAUGCUGCUGUUGGUGCUGUGACUACACCCAAGUGGUCGAACGACACUCAAUAUACAACCGUUUUCCGAAGCCAUGUUGUGACUAUGACUGUGACUGUGAGUGUUAAUCCCAGUGCCACUGGUCUCAACGGCGAGCUGAAGGCUGCAGCAAAUCUUGAUAAACAGAACCAGAAUGGUGCAACUGUUACCACAACGCCUGCCGGCAAUUCUGCCACAGCUGGUGAUGGUCCCACAACGUACAUUACAACCACUGUCGACAACACUAUCACGGUGACAUUGCCUCCCAGCUCGACUGCUGUGUCGCAGCAAAUCGUACAGACGGUCUCUCCUACUGAUGGUGGUUCGCCUCGAUUGAUCACAUCUUACCGAGUAUUUGUUACCACAAUUUUGCCAACAGCGAUUCCCACAUCAAGUGCGGCUGCUACACCCGCAGUUUCAGCAGCUCAAAAUGGAACCGAGCCUGUGAAACGUGAGGUAUACAACAAGUAUGACUUCCACCAUCGUCAUCACGCACGCAGUCCUAUAGGGAUUGUUGUCUGA